GGCCCGGCGGUGCUGCCGGGGAGGCAGGGGCAGGCGGCGGCGGGCUCGGCUCCCGCUCCGCCCCGCUUCCCCCGCCCCGCCGGCUCCGCCCCGGAGGCCGGCACGCUGGCUCGCUCCCUGCCUGGGAACAUGGCCGAAGUCGGGGAGGACAGCAGCGGGGCGCGGGCUCUGCUGGCGCUGCGCUCGGCGCCCUGCAGCCCCGCCGCGGCGCCCCCUCCCGGGCCGCCGCCCCCGGCCGCGCCGCCCGCCGCCGCCUGCGCCGGCCCGGUGCUGGCGCGGCUGCAGGGCCGCGAGUUCGAGUUUCUCAUGCGGCAGCCGGCCGUCACCAUAGGCCGCAACUCCUCGCAGGGCUCGGUGGACGUCAACAUGGGCCACUCCAGCUUCAUCUCCCGGCGGCACCUGCAGCUCAGCUUCCAGGAGCCGCACUUCUACCUGCGCUGCCUCGGCAAGAACGGCGUCUUCGUGGACGGCGCCUUCCAGCGCCGCGGCGGCCCGGCCCUGCAGCUCCCGCCGCAAUGUACUUUCAGAUUCCCUAGCACGGUUAUAAAGAUCCAGUUCACAUCUUUAUACCAUAAAGAGGAAGCAAAAGAGGAAGCCUCAUCGCCUCCCCUUCGGCCACUUUACCCUCAAAUAUCGCCUCUGAAGAUCCACAUCCCGGAGCCGGAUCUCCGGAGUGUGGUCAGUCCCCUCCCAUCCCCUACAGGCACUAUCAGUGUUCCCAACUCUUGCCCGGCCAGUCCACGUGGUGCUGGAUCCUCAGGAUAUCGUUUUGUUCACAACAUUACCUCGGAUCUGCAGCUGGCAGCAGAGUAUGCUGCAAAAGCAGCAUCAGAGCAGCAAGCAGAUGCAUCUGGCGGGGACAGCCCAAAGGAUGAGUCCAAGCCACCCUAUUCUUAUGCUCAGCUAAUUGUGCAGGCUAUAUCUUCAGCACAGGACAGGCAAUUAACACUAAGUGGGAUCUAUGCCCACAUUACCAAGCAUUAUCCAUAUUACAGGACUGCUGACAAAGGCUGGCAGAAUUCCAUUCGGCACAACCUCUCCUUGAACCGUUACUUCAUUAAAGUCCCACGCUCCCAGGAGGAGCCUGGAAAGGGCUCCUUUUGGCGAAUUGACCCUGCCUCUGAAGCCAAACUAGUAGAGCAAGCGUUUAGGAAACGAAGGCAAAGAGGAGUGUCCUGCUUCCGAACACCUUUUGGGCCUCUCUCCUCUAGGAGUGCUCCUGCCUCCCCUACUCACCCUGGCCUGCUGUCCCCUCACUCUAGUGGCCUACAGACUCCAGAGUGCCUAUCACGGGAGGGCUCACCCGUUCCACAUGAUCACGACUUUGGGUCAAAGUUAGCCUCAGUUCCAGAGUAUCGGUAUUCACAGAGUGCACCUGGAUCUCCAGUCAGUGCCCAGCCAGUGAUUAUGGCUGUUCCUCCCCGACCAUCUACUCUGGUGGCAAAACCAGUCGCAUACAUGCCAGCGUCAAUAGUGACUUCUCAACAGCCUUCAUGUCAUGCAAUUCAUGUAGUUCAGCAAGCUCCCACUGUUACAAUGGUCAGAGUUGUGACCUCCUCUGCAAACUCAGCGAAUGGAUACAUCCUCACAAAUCAGGGCACAGCAGGAGCAGCUCAUGAAGCUGCAGGAGCAGUGUUGGACUUAGCUGGUGACCACCGAGUAGGCAUGGAUGAAAAGCCAACGAUUGCAUUUGCCACAAUACCUACAGCCAGCCGUGUUAUUCAGACAGUUGCCAGUCAGAUGGCACAGGGUGUUCCAGGACAGACAGUCACGAUCCUUCAGCAGGCAGCUCCAGUGACCAUUGGACAGCAUCAGCUCCCUGUGCGGGCAGUCACUCAGAAUGGGAAACACGCUGUCCCCACCAACAGCAUCACCGGCAGCGCUUACGCUCUUACAAAUCCAUUGCAGCUCCUUGCUGCCCAGGCCAGCUCGUCCACUCCUGUUGUAGUCAGCCGGGUAUGUGAGACAAGGACCGAAGAGACAGCAGCAGCCUCUUCCAGUGAACCUGAAGUCAAAAGACCCCGGAUAGAAGAGUCCAGUGGAGCAAUCCCAGCCCAAACUGGAGUCAUCACAUCUACAAUGCCACAAGGACAGGCAACCAGUGAAUGAAGAACCGGUGGGAGGAGCUGGAGUGAUGUGGGGUGGGCAUGGGAUGGCAGGAGCCCUAAAGCAGCUUUCAAAAGAAACAAACCACAACUGUAACAGCUCAGAACAUAUCGGAUAAAGAGCUCUUUUCAAAGUCAGAUUUUUAAAUGGGAGGACAACAGCUGUUAGAAUCACAAGGUGCCAAAAAGGAUGGAAACCCCCUCCCAAGAACCCAUGUCUGGAACUCUGUUCUGUCUUUACCUAUGGGAUAUUUUUUUCCUUUUUUAAAAACAAAAGAUUCAAAAAAAAAUACAGACAACUGAUUGUAUGGCUGCUGGGAUAUUUGUAACUGUCUUUUCCCCUUUUGGCUCCAAGGGGAUGGGAUUUGCAGUUCGGCAUCUAAAGGAAUGUAACACAAAAAAUACAGUCUGCUCCCUGGAAAGAGAACUCCUCAUUUUCUAUGCCUUAAUACUGUGCCUCUCAGCUUUGAAUCAUAGGACCGUUUUAAAAAGGCCACCUAAGGCGAUCAAAUGCUGAAAGAUGGGUGCAGUAUCUCACAACAACAUUAAAGAAACAUGGUACCAAGCUUAAAGAAAAAGGCAAAUGAUUUUUUUGUUUUUCAAAACAGAAAAAUUCUGAAUAUGAACAAAUGUUUAUUUAUGUAGGGAUUCAGGAGGAUGAGUUACAGGGCUCAGCCACCUGGAUUUCCAGAUGCAACUUCUCUCCAUUCUGUCUGAGGGAGAAUAAGAUGACAGAGGAACUGUAUUAACUUGGUUCCUGUAAAGAUAUUAAAAACAAAGGGGUUUGUACCUUCAGUGAUUUCUUCACUUGCUCUGGACAACAGCCAAAGUAUCUUGAUGACCGAGGAUCGCAUGGGUAAGGGUGUCUCCAAAAGGUUCUGUGUGCAUUUGAUUGAUCACAUCCUGUGCUGGAGCACCAGGUUUCGUUCAGAGUAGCACUGCAGGUGAAGACAUUGCCACUGUCUCUGUGAAAUUCCAAAAAUAUUGAUUAGUCUUCUGUACUAAAGCAGUCCACUUUCACCUCCUGUAGGUAGUGUGGUCCUCUACUAGAUGGAUGAUGGUCAGGAGGCCAGGGCUGGGUAGGAGUCGGUCACUGGCCCUCUGCUGUGGCUAACAGCAAAGCUCUGGUGUUAUUCUGAGAGGGAAGUUAAGAGCUGGGGUGAGAGGCAGCAGAGUUCGCACAGUGUUUAAUACAAAUUCUGUAAGGGUGUAGAGACCAAGGCAAAAUAGGCCUUGUAUUUCCAUGUGGCAACAGUCACUGAAGGUCUUGAACAGGUUUUCCAAAAGGAGUUUGGAGGUUUCCUUUGAUUGCUUGGCUCCCUCCCCCAUCUCUCCUCCUUUGAAGACCAUUUGGUUUGGCCAUUUAGGAGGAGGCUUUUUACUCAAACUGUAUUUCAGUCUCAUCAUGUACUACAAGUAUGUCAUGUGAGUAAAGCAGAUUUGAGUCAGUUCAGCCAUGUGGAACAGUGGGUGCAUGUAACACUUUGUGACUGGCAAAGAAGUCGCCCCCUGCAUAGCCUCCAGCUAACCCCUUUGGUUUUGUGCCUGUUUGCAAUCCCCUUGGCUAACUUGUCUUCUGGCAGCACAGCAGAGAUCUUUUAAUUUAAAAAGUGUUAUGGCUUUGUUAAUGGCAAGAGAGACUUACAAGGGAUGGGGUGUGCCUUUGGUAGGUUAUCCCCCUAUAUGUACUGAUUUAUUGUCAGGUGUACAGUCUGACCAUGCUAUUGCAGAGCAGAGAGGCAAGUCCACAGCAUAAACAUGUUGCAAAAAGAUUUCCUCAAUGUGCAGUAAAUGAUACUGUCAGUGUGUCCAUGGGGGUUUGGGGGUAAGGCACAACCGUUCAACGUCUGCUGGAAUCUAGGGAGGGGGAGGAAAUCCACGAGCUAUCAGCUGGCAUGACUUGUUCCCUUUUAGGUUUCCUUUCUCUUUGCCAAACGCUAUUCAACAGCUGAGUCUUACCACCUGAAUAAAACGCAGCCAUGUUUAUUCUCAAGCUAAUUGUUUUGUGAGAAAUAUUUCUGGAAGAAAGAAAAAACUUGUUGGUCUCAUGAUCUGGGGUUACUUUCUGCAGUUAGAGGCACACAGAAUAUUCAGGACAGUUCGUUUAUCUACAGCUAGGCUUUCAUAAUUUAGGUGUGUGCCUUUACUGACAAGUUAUUAGAUUGGAUUUUAGUACUUUGAAAUGAUUUUGUGAAGGAGGAUUGUUACAGACCACAAAGUAAUUGAAGCAGGCCAGCCUCCAGCUGUCACUUUUCCUGCUGGGAAGGCUAGGUGCGGCAUAGCAGAAAAGCACAUGAUUAGCUCUGUUUUCUGUAGCCUUUUCAAAGCCAGAAUUCAAUAAAAUGGAUUUCAAGGAAGAACACACAAGUGAGAGUGCAGCAUCGUUUAUCUGUGAUUAAUCAUUACUUUGGGGUGACUGCUGGUUUAGAUACAGGCACGCCUCUGAAACAGCCCUGAGGCUAGGAAGCUGGCCCGCAGCAGAGGAGCCUGGGUUUCUAGUACAUCGGGUGAGUCAGCGCAGGAUGAGCAACCAACAGAAUUAUUCAGAAAUGUUCAGAACGUGAAUCUGCCAAAGUUUUGUGGAUUUUUUUUCUUUACUGCUGCUUUUUUUCAUGGAAAGCCUAAAUAAUUAGGCCCUAAACUUAAGUAAACUAGUCCAGCACCAUUCCAGCACCAUAGAAGUAAAUCGGCUCAAUGACAGGGUUUUCAUACACCAGCUGCUGCUUCAUAGAUACCUCUUCAAAGUCCAUCCUCAGGUUGUGUGUAUAGAUCUGCCUCCUAAGUAUUUAGAAUGGAAUAACGCUUUCUCAGUCUUCCUUUUGUGGCUCUCGAUGCCUGCUGGUUAAAAUGUGAGUUGAGGACAAGCAAAUAUCUUUGAUCUGUUUACCUGUUCUGCUUAAGGCGUUGAACUCUGUUCAUCCUGUCAGGGGAUUUUUGCUUUAUCAGUCUGCUGCAUCCUCCUGCUACUGUAGGAAGCAGCCAUGCCACUCAAAAUUUUUUGUAGGUUUGCUAAUACAUUACCUAUAUCAUUGCCUGAUACUACGUAAAAUAACAGUUCUUACUAAAUCCUCUUGAGCUAUGGAAAAACGUGGUUCUCAUCUGGAGCACGUGAGAUGGGGACAUCUUGUUUCAGGCCUCCAGAUUAAUUCUUUCAGCACACUGCUCAGUCUGGAAAGCAGCACUACUCUUUUGUACAUAUCAGUCCUGAUUCCCCAGGCUUUGUUUUGAGCACUGCAGAGGAGUGAGAAUUAAUUUGUUGGUAGAAUUGGUAGAAUUAAGUCUUCAACUAGAAAGAAAAUGUUUAGCUUAAUGGUUAUAUGCAGUGCUUGGAUUAUUUUAAGUUGUCUAACAAGUUCCAUCUUACAUCUUCAGUUAUAUUAACUGAGGGAAGUUUGAACGGGGAGAUGAGUUGGAGGCUUCACUCAUCUUCUGCUGUCCGACAAAGGUCAAGGCACAUUGAAUAUUUAACCUGCUAUAACCUAAACCUGGGAAAACUUUAAUUCCAAGUUGUUAAAGUGUGAAGUCACUUUUCACUGUUCACUAUCAAUGGUUUUGUUGGGUUUGGUUGUUUUUUUUCAUCUUGGGCAGUGACAAAAACUGAUUUUACUUUGGCUGUGGUCAGUUCACAGCAACUUCUGUUGCCUCAGCUUGCAAGAAGUGAAUGCAGUUGUUCCUGGGUUUAUUCCACUAGAAUUCCUUAGUUACUGUUUUGUCUUGACCUUGGCUCUUGAUAUACAGGAACCUUUUUACAGUGAUAUCAAGUUAAUCUGAUUUAGUGGUAACACAAUACAGUGCUGAGCAUGAAGUUCAUGAUUAGCUCAUAUAUUCUUUUCAAUUCCUUUUUCUUCCCAUAUUCCUCCCUCCCCCAUACCAUUAACACUGUCCCCUGUAGCAUAUCCAUUCACUUUCAUCCACUGAUGGGAGCAGCACCUUGCAUUAAGCUCUGCCCAAGGACUCAAGAAUGAAAAUACCUGUGGGACACAUGGAGCUCCAGAGCAGGUUGAAAAAGGUCAAUGUGGUCACCCUGUAUCUUAUUUUCAUACUGUAUUUUAGACAUGUUACUGUUGGGCACAGCUUGUUCAGGAGUGUGUUUCAGGAGUAUGUUUUCAGAGAGAUGUUAAAGCUUUGUAAGAGGAAAGAAAUAGUUAAGUAAUAGCUGAAGCCUCUGCAGUGCUUCUGCAAUCAAUGUCAUGGUCUGGCUUCAGGUUCUGGGGGGCAAGAACUUGGGUUUGUAUGUUUGACAUCUGUCUUGUGUACUGGCUUAGAACUGUCAUUCAGAGUUAACUUCCACAUUAUUUUCCCCCUUUUUCAGUAGGGAAAUGCCAGCAGUACAAUAAAACCUGAGGCUCAGAAGUCUAGGGAUCUAUAUCUAAGCAAGUGAGAGCAUCUUGACCUGAGCUUUCAUACAGUGUGGUAUGGAACACUUUUUCACUGACUGUUAGGGAUGUUAAAUUGAUGUUAGAGCUUUUCAUCUGUGUUAGCAAGGGCGGUUCCCAGUGAGAUAUUUGGUAUCACUCUGAUGUGUGCUAGUGUGUAGAUGAAUGUCAAAAUGUAGGUUGAAAGGAGAAACAUUUCCCUGCUAUAGCUAGCUUUGGGGAUCUUGGAUGUCAAGGAUUUAAUCUAGCAAUAGCUCUGUAUCCUUCCAUAGAGGAUCAAAAGCUGUUUCUUCAAGCUUACUGCAUCUAAGGAUUAAAUUCCAAUGGCUUGGUUGUUCCAUCUUUGUUUCUGAGGUUUAAACUGUGACUUAGAGUUUAUCACUCUAAAUAAAAAGCAUAUAAAGCUGCAUUAUUAGGGAAGAUCAAAUUUUCUUUGUCGCUGCCAUUGGUAGAGCUGUGUAGAAAUAUAGGAUAACUUGGGUUGGAAGAAACCUUUAGAGGUAUCUACUAUAACCUGCUGCUCAAAGUAGGUCCAUGUUGCUAUGAUCAUAUUCAUCUGACGUUUGAAUAUCUCCAGAGAUAGUUCCAUGACUCCGGUCCCUGUUCCACUCUGACCACCCACGAGGUGAAAACUUUUUCUUAGCCACCUAAAAAGAAUUUCCAAUGAAGCUGCACAUGUUAAUUGCCUCACAUCACACAUCUGAGAAAAGCGUAGCCCUGCCUUCACUGUAUCUUACAAUCAGGUAGCUGAAGACACCAGUAAGACCUUCCCCAUUUCUUUCCUUAAGCUGAACCAACCUGGUUGUCCCGGUCUCUUCUCGAACAUCACAUGCUCAGGCUCCCACAGCAUCAGGUGGAAUUGCUGCAGAAGGUUCCUCUCUGUCUUGUACUGGGAAUCCCAAAACUGGGCACAGCACUACAGAUAGAAUCUGACAAAUGCUGGAUGGAGUGGAAGAAGAACCCCUUUGCUCUGCCUGCUAGCCACGCUUUUUCCAAGUACAGCCCAGUGCCUGUUUGGUCUCUUGUUGCAAGACAAUUAUAAGCGUACAAAACAAGCGUCGCAAAAUGAUCUGGAAAUACUCUGGAUUGCAUUCAUAUGUAUACAACCAUCUUGUCCCUCUUCCAAGAAAGAGUGCUAGCUUGGGUCUUGGAGCUUUUUGAACAGGAGGCAGCACUGAGGGAUCCUGGUCACUUCUAAAAAUACCUGUGUUUUACUUUAUCAAAUGAUACUUUCAAUCCAAUGUGGAACUUGCCUUGAGUUUCUGCCCCAGUGCAAAAUCUUCCAGGUUUUUUAGUCCUGAUGCUAAUAAGUUGGACUAGAGCAUUAAGAAUGAGCCUCUGAAGGAAAAUUACUAGCUUCAUAAUUUUGCCCUUGCCGCACACUGAGCUUUUGAGUUUGCAAAUGCUAUCCUGCAGCAAAUGAUCUGUCUUCCUUUGCCAGCCAGUCUCUCAGGCAGCUCCUGUUUCUGCUCCCCAUCAGAGUUUUUCCCCUCUAUUUGUAGCUUCUGUCAACUCCAGAGUCCUUUAAUCCAGCUCUUAAUUUAAUGCCAUUGCUUGAAGGUCUGCAUCUGGUGAGAAUCUGUGUGUUAGGUUGCAGUUACACAACAGAUUGUUCAGUCAUGUAACUUUUUGUUUCCUUCUGGGUGAAAAAUUAUGCCAAAGCUGCUACUACUGUAGCAUACACUACUGUCGUAAAGUGUAGCUUACGACGGAGCCAGCUGUGCUGCAGAAAACAGUUACACUACAAGGUCAUCUGGAUUGCUGGAACUGAUGGGAUUGGGAAGUGAUGCCGCCUUGCAUUUUGAUCUGCACCUAAUCAAAACGUAGCUGUGACUUCGUGCUGGAGCGCCUCUCUCUGCAGCUGCCCAGCAGCUAUUUGGCAGUGAUGAGAUCAGCAUCUCUCUGCUAGGUGGGUUAUUGGCAGGACAGUGCAUGUGUUUGUGCACAUGGUGUGGAUAUAUGCACAUCUACUAAUCAGCAGAAAAUACCUAGCUGUGGUGGUGGGCUUUCUGUUAGGGUGUCUUUCAUGGGCCAGUAAUACAGCAGUGAGCAUUUUACUUUGGCCCGAGCAAGACAUUUUGAAAAAUACUUGGGUUUCUUGGAGCACUAUAUUUAAAUUCCAGAUUUUUAAUCAACUUUUAACCUUUGUAUUUAUAUGUUCAGAAAAUUCUUUUGAUACUUUUUCAUUUACCAACACUGAAUUAAAACCCUUCAGAAUGUAUGGCUGGUCUUCUCCUUACAUGUGACUUUUAAGUUUCAGAGCCUGAGGAUAGUUCUGCCAAGUCUACCCCUUUGCUCUCAAGAUAGAAAUAAAACAUUGACAAUUCACAGGUGGCAGCUAAGGAAGAAACCCUUAAAAUAUUUUUUUUUCAUAAAAUAUUAAAUUAGAUCUGUGUAAACAUAAAAUUUGUAUUUAUUAAUGUGUGUAUGUGAGUAUGUGUGUCAAUAUAGAUAUAUAAAUGGUCCACGACUAUUUCUUUCUCUUAAAUGGUACUUUACACAGACUUUUAUACAGUAUGUUGGUAAAUUCCCACACCAGGCACUGAUUCUAGAAGAAUGAUGUAUGUAUUUUUGUAACAAAUGUGAGCAGCUGGUAGAAGCAGCUUUACUUUCAGUGAUUGCUUUCAUUCCUCUCGCAGAGCAGAAGAGGUGACUUGGUACUUGCAUCUUCCUUGCGUAGGAGCCCUGCUUCUGGCUUUGUCAUGCUUUCAGCAACCCUGGUCCAUGCUGCUUUUCUGGCAAGAAAAAACCCCAAAUGGCACUAAUGAAAGCUGGAAUAGUUUCUUGUCUCAAAUUAUCUCUAGAUGUGGUAUCGGGGAGUUCUUUACAGAUUCUGCUCUGUAAGUAAUGGGACCUUACUUCUAACAGAGGAAAUUCAUAGAGGGUCUAUGAGGAUGUUGUAAGGUUGAAGAAUUCUUCCCUGUCUGUCUGUCAGGUGGCUAAGCUAACACUGGGGCACUAUGAAAUGGUUUCUUUUCCUCUGUGGUGUGAUUAUUCUCCUUUUAUGAUGCUUCUGUCUCUUCAUGGGGCAUGAGGUGUGUGUAUAUCCCCUUAAAAACAAUGCAUGAGAGUUUUUUCUAAUGUUCCCAUUCACAGAGAGUAAAUUUUACCUAACUGGCCCAAUUUCAGUCAUGGCUUAAUUCCACAAGGAUCACGAAAUUCACAGAAGUGUGUCUCUUGACCCCCUUGGGCCUGGUGAGAAUUGUUCUUUAAAGCAGGUGAUACUUGGCUUCCUAAUUACUUUUCCAGAAGUAGAAAUUCCUUUCUCUGUAGGGACCUGAGUGAAUGCUUCACCGUGGUGUUUACUGUCUGAUGGUUGGGCUUUGAUACUUAAGGGAGGAACAGGUGAUAAGAAGAGUAACUAGAGUAGGAGCAGUGAAAGGAAACAGCUUUCUUCCUCAGCAGAAAACAGUCCUUGUGAAAACCAGACUUCCCCUAGGAUUUGGUUACUGCUUUGUGUCUGCUGCUGAAUUAAGCAAUGCACCUUUGCUGUGAUCUAGACUUUUCAGUCCUGCUUCUGUCCCACCUUGGUUCCACUUAAAGCAGUCUGAAAAAGAGCCUUCCUUACAUCUAAGGGCAAAGUUGAGGAGAAAUGUCUGUUAGCUGAAGAAAAAUGAGGUUUAAAUAGAGCAGAAAAAGUGAGACUUCCUUCUGUUCCACUGCCUUGCUGCUAAAAGUCUGGUGUAGAACAUCCUAAUGUUCUGCUGGUUUAUAUGCCACUCUUCAGAUGUGGCCAGGCUGUUAAGUAGGCAAGUUGGCUCUGUAGCAAAUGAAUUACUGUAAACCUAAACUAGCUUUAAUGAUAUUUUUUUUUCCCCUUCUCCCAAAUGGGCUUGAAGUAGAAGGAACCAGAGUAUUGUCUGUAAGAUCUUUUUGCUUUAAUGGCAAAUAAAAUAGAGAAUGUUAAAAAAAAAA